AUGACUGAAGCGAAAAUGCCACUCAUGCUAGAAAGUAGCAUGAAUGGUCCCAUGCAGGUUGAUCAGCUUGAUGUUGAUGAUCUCUUCGGAGACGGCGUCGGCCUUUCUCUCCAAGCCGCCCGUCCACCAUCAAAGCAGCUGCGCCAAAGGAUAGACGAGCUAAGAACUCGUGGUUGUUGCCAGGGAGUUGCUUGGUCAAGAUCCGGUGCCAUCGCUUCUGUUUCACCGGAUGGAAGAUAUCUGGAGACCAGGUUUCUUCGGUCUCAUCCGGACAAUGGCGACUGGGGCCUCAGUGAGCCCACCAAGAUCGAACACAUCACCACGAAUCCGUCUAGCCCCAUCGUACACCUUGCUUGGGCGUCAACUGCUAGCCCUGAGCUGGCUGUUAUCGAUGCUACCGGCAGAGUUUCCAUCCUCACCUACUCAAUCAAUCUGAACAGGCCUUUUCUCACACGACGGUGGGACCACGAGCCGUGCGACGACCUUCACGCUGUAGUCGGAUGCUACUGGCUAGCCUUGGCACCGCAAAGUAAACAGUACUAUGUCUGCCAUGGACCAGCCGUCAAAGACGGCAAUUCGUAUCGUUAUGAAAGCUCUUUUGUCCAUGCCUACGGCCCUUGGCACCCCAAUCCAUCGAAAAGCGCCCUGCUUUGCGUGACAGCAAACGGCAAUCUGAAGAUGUUCUGGGCCCAAAAUAACAACAAAAUCGAGGAAACAUCGUUGGAGCUUGAAAGCAUCAACUCAUCCGACGAUUUAAUUACACAUGCGGCCCUCCACAGCGACAAGAGCGCGCUUUGGGUUGUUCUGGCCACCGCAUCGAAGCAGCUCAAGGUUGUGCGAGUCGGUAUUCAAUGGGGCCUGCCGCAGUCCCAAUCCGACAACAAGCCGCCGCCGGGAAGCCAGCCGCUGAAUCCAGUCAUGCAAGAAAAACACAUCGCCGUCUCUACGUGGUUGCCCACCGGACCAACCACCUCACCGGUCGACUCGGCCACGACCCAGCUGACGCAUCUCGAGAUUCUUCCAUCGACGAUGGAUCUGAGUGGCCAAGGAUGGGCUCCGCUGGUCAUUCUUGCCGUCCGCACUUACUUGCCAGCCCCAAACACGCCUUACCAAGAGACACAGAGUAUCAUCGACAAGUGGGAGGUCAUCACCGACCAUCCCCAGAGUUUACAUCCAGCAUUUGAGCAGUUGGGGAGCAGGAGAAACGGUGGAGGCUCAGCGCCACCACCCACAUGUCGCCUCAAGAAGCACGACCCUGUCGUUAUCAACAAGGCGAUCAUCGGAGUUCACACUCUUCAAUUUGGCAGAGUCAUCUGUCUAGCAUUCAGUGAUGGCUCCGUGGAAUACCGCGACAGAUUCACGCUGCAGGAAGUAUACAACGAGAUGAACCUAGACAGAGUGAUGUCGCUCAACCAAGUCGGCUUCACUUUCCAAGACGACUCGCCUUGCUUGCAGGCGGCCUUCUCUCCGACAAACUGUUCACUGGUCAAAAUACAGGACAGCGGAAAAGUCAAAUGGAGCAAAUUACACCAUCCGCUGGGCGACAUUGGAAACUCCGACCAAGAAGCCCAAUACUCUGCAGUGCUUGCAGGUCUCACAGUAGCCGCAUCAACAGCAACAUUCAACAACAUCAACUAUGACGACAUCUUGGCGGUUGCUCGGCCGUAUGCAGACAAGAAGCGUUUCACCUUCGACUGGAUCAACGAGAUCGUUCGCAUGCUCAAGAUCCCAGUGGACUACUCCGAAGACACGCAUCACGACAGCCUCGUUAGAAACAGCUCGCUGCAAAUGUGUCUGAGCAUCCUCAACCACCUCGGAUACAAAGGCAUGUUCCAACCCAGGUCCUUCGGUGGCAAGUUCGCCAUGCUGGCCCUCAACGCCCGUAACGUCGUCAUCCUCAUCACAAUCGCGAGCAACACACCGGUGAACAUACGCGAAAAGCUCAGUCCGCUGGACGAGCACGAAGUCGUCGACGCCCUCUCGGGCUGCGCAAAGUGGUCCCUCGACCUCCUCUCCUGGCUCACCGACUCCCUCUUCGCCCUUCUCGACGAUCCGCAAUUCCUCGGCCUGCUCACCCCGCAGCACUUCUCCGAGAUGAGCGGCUACCUGCAGUCCCGCUCCGACGUCUCCCUCCACCUCCUUCUCUGUUCCUCCACGCGCGGCUUCCUCUCGGCCGUCUGCCGCCGCAUUCUCCAUCUCGAGAUUCUAUCAAACCGCGCCAUCGACUUUUACGAGAGGAAAGCAGCCAUCAUCAACGUCAACGACCCCUCCGCCCCGAAUCCCAAGGGCCAGCACACCGUCCUCUACAAGGCCUACCAGAAGAUGCAGCGCGUCACCUCGAGCAGCCUCAUCAAGGUCCAGGAGUUCGACCGUCUCCUGACCGUGCUCAACAACGACAUCCGCGCCGCCUACCAGACCUCCCUCGCCUCCCUCGCCAGCAAGAACCCCGCCGGCGCCGGCGUGAGCGGCAAGGCCGUCGACGCCCAGAUCAAGAACGCCCAGAUCCACUGCGAGCUCAACAUGCUCCUCGCCCAGUCCCCGCCCCCGGCCUUCCUCCAGGUCCUGCUCAAGUUCUUCAAAACGGACCUCCGCAACUACCGCGCCCAGACCGACCCCUCCAAGCUCUUCUUCGCCGACUUCGACCUCCUCGAGAUCGACGACGACCGCCGCUCCCUCUCCACCCGCAAGGCCCGCGGCCGCUACGUCGACGUCUUCAAGCGCGUCGAGCUCGUCGGCCCCCCCGCCCGGUCCGCCAAGGAGGCCGAGGAGAUCAAGGCGCCGCAGUGGCGGCGCUGCGUGCGUUGCUCCGCCGUCAUGGAGGACGCCUCGGGCUCGCGACCCGGCUUCACGUUCGUCCUGGCGCAGCAGCGGAAGUGUUCCUGCGGAGGACACUGGGCGCUGCUGCCGCGCGGGGCCUUGGUGAGCUGA